GAUACACUUUUUUCUUUUUUAAAAACCUGUUUUAGAACGAUGUUUUAGAGGAGGCACCGACUGCUGCAAAAGAGUUGGUGCAAAAAAUAUCAAAGUGGGACACCGUCUGUAGAGGCUUGAAUAGUGAGUUCCCAAAUUCAAAUGCCAUCAAGAGAAUGCAACAAACUGCUGCAGAAGUGAUUGUUGCUGUUGGUAAAAGUCCAAGAAUAUCAGGUACUCCAAUUUCGGAAACAAAUCCGAAACUGCAAUUCGAAGUAGUCCACGAGAGCCUUUCUUUCUUGGCUGAAAUAUCUCGACUUGAAAUGGAUUUUUUCUCGGUGAAGCACAACCUUGAGACCAACAGCAAAGACUUGUCUAUGCCAUCAUUUAGCUUAGGGCUUACACUAGAGGAAAAGGAAAAUCAAAAUGAGGAGAUUCAACAUGAAGAGAUUCAGCAUGAGGAGAUUCAAACAAAGAAUGGAGAUGGCACAACCCAAACAUGCAAUCCCACUGCAUUGGCAGAUGAGGAACAGAGUCAUCCCCAAAUUGAACCUUUCCCAGCUUUCCCAGAGAGUGUAGUUCAAGGGCAACAAGAAGAAACUUAUCUUUUUCAACCAACCCCACCAUAUACUCACUUUACAAGGUUGAGCCGUGCCGAGAAGGUUCUCACGGACUACGUAUUCAACAAAUCUCUUUUACUUGGGGAAGUUUUGUACAAAGACAUGUUUUGUGAAAUGAAGCGAAGCGAUUUAAUAUCCUUUUCCGAAGGGUCUGUCUCGUCGCUUAUUUUACAGAUUUGGUGUCGAUUCUUGAAUGCCGAGGAAAAGCAUCGAAGCAAGUCAGAUGUCUAUCAAGUUUUCCUUAGCACAAAUCCUUUUGCUGAGUUUGUAAAGAUCAAUUUAUAUGACGAUGCUCAUGAAAAGUUUUGUGAAGUUGCUGACAGAGAAUUGGUAGAACAACAGUUUUAUAGCGGCAUUGAUAUGAGUACUGUAGAUUUGGUAUUCUUCUUGGUUGCUGAUGAAACAGACAAGGAUGAUGUUUAUAUAGUCUGUUUUAACAUGAAAAAGGAGAAGAUAACCAUCCUUGAUUCAAUUGAAGAUAAAACUAAGGUGUAUGAUACAUGUGUUGAAUGUUUGAUAGGGGAUACUGCUCAGAAAGGGGAUCCUGCUCUUGAGGAUGUGUCAUAGUUUUAAAUACCAGACCGGACCGGUCGCUUAAUAAUGCUCAGUAUGGUGA